AUGACUACCGAGCAGACCUUCAUCGCUGUCAAGCCUGAUGGCGUCCAGCGUGGCCUCAUUGGUCCCAUCAUCACCCGCUUCGAGAACCGCGGCUUCAAGCUCGCCGGUAUCAAGAUGGUCCAGCCCUCCAAGGAGCACCUCGAGAAGCACUACGAGGACCUCAAGGAGAAGCCCUUCUUCCCCGGUCUCAUUGCCUACAUGAGCUCCGGCCCCAUCUGCGCCAUGGUCUGGGAGGGCCGUGACGCCGUCAAGACCGGCCGCUCCAUCCUUGGUGCCACCAACCCCCUUGCCUCUGCCCCCGGCACCAUCCGUGGUGACUACGCCCUCGAUGUCGGCCGCAACGUCUGCCACGGCUCCGACUCUGUCGAGAACGGCAAGAAGGAGAUCUCCCUCUGGUUCAAGGACGGCGAGGUCCAGAGCUGGAAGAGCGCUCAGCACGACUGGGUCUACGAGAAGUAA